AUAAUAAUAAUUUUUUAUCUAUCAUUAAUAAUUAUAAUCAUUAUUUUAAUAUUAAUAAUCUUAAUUAAUUUUUUAUCUAUAAAAAUAUUAAUCGAUCGUGAGAAAAGUAGGCCCUAUGAGUGUGGAUUUGAUCCAAAAAAUAAUUCUCGUAUACCAUUUUCAUUACAUUUCUUCUUAAUUGCUUUAAUUUUUUUAAUUUUUGAUAUUGAAUUAACAUUACUCUUACCAAUUAUUUUCUCAUUAAAAUUUUCAAAUAUUUUUAGAUUAUUUUACUCUAUUAGUUUUUUCUUGGUUAUUCUUUUACUAGGAUUAUUUCACGAAUGAAAAUUAGGGGCAUUAGAAUGAUCAAACUAA